AUGGGGUGCUGCUGCGAGGAGGAAGAAGACUACGAGGCAGCGGCCCCACCGGACCUCCACCGGCCCCUCAAUCCUCGCCACCACGACGGCCGCGAAGCUCUACUGUGUACCGAUCUAGUUAUCUCACCAAUGAAUUCUAACUUCUCAGCUCUAUUAUGCAAGGACACUCUCCGCGCCAUAUUGGAGAAACUGUCACUCGCCGAUCUGGCCCGUUCGGCUUGCGUAUGCAGGCUCUGGUAUUCCGUGGCUGCCGAUCGGGAUAUGCAGGUCAAGUCUUUUAUUUCCCCUUGGAAACUCCGGGAUGUUGUUGGUAACCCGACUUCCGGUGGCUUCUGGAGAGACAAUUCGCUUUCCAAAUUUGCCAUUUCGCAUCGGCUGUCGCGUGGGGACUCAGUCGCCAGCCUCGCUGUCAAAUAUUCCGUUCAGAUUAUGGACAUAAAACGCUUAAAUAACAUGAUGAGUGAGCAUGGGAUAUACUCGAGGGAGAGGCUGCUGAUUCCUGUGAGGAAACCAGAUAUCCUCGUUAAUUCAGUAUGCUACAUAGAGCUUGAUAUCCAUGCAAAGAGGGAAGUUGCUGUACUGUAUCUUGAAGGCAGCCCUGAAAGAAAUCUCAACAGUAUUUUGAAUAGGCUGACCAUAGAAAGGGCCAAAAGAAAGGUGGUUGACUCCUUGAAGAGGAGCAUGCAUACUGAUGAUGGAACUGCACAGUACUACUUAUCUAUGUCAGAUGGUGAUCCUCGAGCUGCAUUGACACAAUUUUCCGAAGAUCUGAGUUGGGAGAGGCAGGUGGGGCAGGCAUAA